AUGCAUAAGACUUAUUCCCUAAGAAACCAGAGAGCUCCAACUGCUGCCGAAUUGCAGAACCCACCUCCACCACCAAGUUCUACCAAAAAUAAGUUUUUUGGUAAGGGUGGAUUGGCUUAUCAAUUUAGAAAAAAUACUGCUGGUGCCUUUGGCCCAGACUUAUCUCGUAAGUUGUCUCAAUUAGUUAAAAUGGAAAAAAACGUUUUGCGUUCAUUGGAAGUUGUUGCUAACGAAAGAAGAGAUGCUGCUAAGCAAUUAUCUUUGUGGGGUUUAGAAAAUGAUGAUGAUGUUAGUGAUAUCACUGAUAAGUUGGGUGUUUUAAUUUAUGAAAUUAGUGAAUUGGAUGACCAAUUCAUUGAUAGAUAUGAUCAGUACAGAUUAACCAUCAAAAGCAUCAGAGAUAUUGAGGGUAGUGUUCAACCUUCUAGAGACCGUAAAGAUAAAAUCACUGAUAAAAUUGCUUACUUAAAAUACAAGGAUCCCUAUUCUCCCAAAUUGGAAAUUUUAGAACAAGAACUAGUCAGAGCAGAAGCUGAAAGUUUAGUUGCUGAAGCUCAAUUAUCUAAUAUCACUAGAUCGAAAUUAAGAGCUGCCUUUAAUUAUCAGUUUGAUUCUGUCAUUGAACAUUCCGAAAAAUUGGCUUUGAUUGCUGGAUAUGGUAAAGCUAUGUUGGAAUUGUUAGAUGAUUCACCAGUUACGCCCGGUGAAACCAGACCAGCUUAUGAUGGUUAUGAAGCUUCUAAGCAAAUUAUUGUUGAUUGUGAAGGUGCUUUGAAUGAUUGGACUUUGGAUACUGCACAAGUUAAACCAACUUUAUCCUUUAGGUUAUAUGACGACGAAGAGGAAGAGCAGGAGCAACCAGAGUAUGACGUUGAAGAUUAUGAUCAAGAAGAGGAAGAAGAAAUUGACGAUAGAAUCCCAAAUGAAUUACAUGAAGCUCAACCAGCUCAACAAGCAAUUCAUGCUUAA